AUGCAAAAUUUGUGGAAAGGCUUAUUUGCCAAGCCUUCACAGAAACCCUCUGCUGCUGAUCAACAAGAAUCGGCACUUGUAAAAUCAACAGCCAAUAAUCAAGUAGUAGAAAAUUCAAACUUGUCAUCAACUUCGGGAAAAUACAAAAAAGAUGAACACAUAUUAAUGAAAGUUGUUAGAUAUUACUACAAUUAUUAUAAACCAACACCACAGACUAUGGCUGGAUAUAAGAGUGGUGCCUUCAAGUAUAUUGUAAAGCCAGCUGGUUUUUUGGGGUUGGGUGCUUUGGGAGUUGUCUUGCUGGAUGUAGGAUAUCGGAAAUUUCAUGUUAAUGAGGAUGCUCCUUCAAUUUUCACAACAAAUAAGAAGAUUACACCUCAUCAAUUAUUAAGAAAUUCAGAUUGGCUUGAAAUUAAUAUACCAGAGGAAAAGAAGGAAAGAACUCCGAAUAGAAUUCGUGAAUACUUUAUAAAUAGGAGAAAUAAGAAACUGGCUCUUGAAGAAACAAAGCCAGCAGAGGAGCAAGUUCCAAUUGAGCACGAUUUUAAAAAGUUUUAUGCAAAAUUAGAUUACAAACCUCCUGUGGAUGAUUUUAAUGAAGAAUCGAUUAUUACACAUAUUCAUGUGGAGAAAUUUCAUCCUUUUAUGAAGGAAGGUCAAGGAUAUUGGUCAACCUUAAUUGAAUACGCAAUGAUUAGGGAUAAAGUUGGAGAUAGUGAUUUGGCAUUACACUUAAUUAAGGAGCAAAAUGAAGCUUUUGGAUCGAAAAUAUGGAGAAAAAUUUUCACCAACAAGGAAUUUGAAAAAUACAAGGAAUCAAAUAUUUGGUUAGAAAAGCCAUGGAUUUUAAAUGAAUUGAAUAUAGAUUUGAAUAUGGAAAAGGAAUAUAAUGUCAAAUCGCUCAAAGACUAUGUUGAAAAUCAUGAAGCAAAUCCAGGAAUUCAACAGGUAUUGAAAAACACAUUGAACAAGCAUGAUAGUCUAUUAACAUCGGAUGAUUUACUUCAACAAAAUUACUAUCUCUAUGUGAGUGAAGAGGCCUUUGAUGAAUUUAAAUCUACCAGAAAUUCCAAUAUUCGAGUUGUACAAAAAUCUGCCAAACAAGGUGACAUGUUCUUUGUAGUUGGAAGUAAGAAGCCACAAAUCAAGGAUGAUAUUUCAUCACUCACUUUCUUGACACAUAAGAAAGAGGAUGACUAUAUACAAGAAUCAAAGGAGCAAGAAAAGAAAAAUCAUUCACCUCUCUGGAUGAGAUCUGCUGUAAUUGCAGGAGCUCUUGGCUUGGCUGUUUCAUCCAUUAUUUUGUAA